UGGUCCAAGGGCAAGUCCCGUGACAAACUCAACAACGCCCCUCUGCUCAACAAGGAGCAGCAGGAUCGUCUGUUGAAGGAGAUCCCCGUCUCCCGUCUCAUCACUCCUUCCACCGUCUCGGAUCGUCUCAAGAUCAAGGCCUCCCUUGCGCGCCGCGCCAUUGCUGACUUGAUCAAGAAGGAUCUGAUCAAGCCCGUCGUCAUGCACCACGGCCAGAUCAUCUGCACCCGUAACACGCAAUAA